ACGUCACUCCGGUUUUAGCUUCAGAGAAUAGCGCGGACGCAACGCAGAGUCCUGCAAACCCCCUCGCGCAUCGCGACCGCCGUUCGUUUUGCAUCGCUCUUCUUUUGCACCGCAUCGUCCUUACAGCAGCAAUCAUCCGUCAUGGCAGAUUCCAACGCUCCCAAGCCGAGCAGCAGCGUCAAGCUGGUCCUCCUCGGCGAGGCUGCCGUCGGCAAGUCGUCUCUCGUCUUGCGAUUCGUCAACAACGACUUCCAGGAGAACAAGGAGCCAACAAUAGGAGCCGCCUUCCUGACCCAGAAAUGCAAUCUACCGACGCGGACCAUCAAGUUCGAGAUUUGGGAUACAGCCGGCCAGGAGCGAUUCGCAUCCCUUGCGCCCAUGUACUACCGCAACGCACAGGCCGCUCUGGUAGUCUACGACCUGACGAAGCCGACGUCCCUGAUCAAGGCCAAGCACUGGGUAGCCGAACUGCAGCGGCAGGCGUCGCCGGGCAUCGUCAUCGCGCUGGUCGGCAACAAGCUCGACCUCACGAACACCGGGCCCGGCGGUGGCGGAGAUGCCGAUGGUGCGGGGGCUGAGGACUCCGGGGACGCCAGGAAGGUGACCACGGAGGAGGCCAAGACGUACGCGGAGGAGGAAGGGCUGCUGUUCUACGAGACGAGCGCCAAGACGGGCUACAAUGUCACCGAGGUGUUCACCGCCAUUGCCAACGCCAUCCCGGAAACGUCCUUGAAGACCGCUCGCGGACCUGGGGCGUCACAUGCAGGUGGCCGUGCGGAGGAGCAGAGGGUGAACCUGAAUGGGCCACGGGAUUCGAACGCAAAGGAGGCCUGUGCUUGCUGAUGCCCGGUGGCAUGGCGGAAGGGUAGUUCGGGGGUGGAGGUGGUGGGUUGAGGGAAGGUUUCGCUGCCGGUCUCGGGGUCUUUUUGCACGGUCUAUCGGAGUGGGCGGUCAUAUUGGGCAGGUUAACCAGGAGUAAAUCGUGUUUUGCCGUUUCGUUCCUGUUGGUCGUUGUAAUAUUCCACUUCAAGUCUCUAGUCCCAAGCCACUUGGAAGCGUUAUCUGGCCGUUGGCUGAGCAAGACAAAGUAACCAAGACUCACUAAUAGACAUGUGUCGAGAUCC